GCGUCCUGCCCCGCUCCUUCCUGGCCGAGACCUAGGCCCGCCUGGCGGCCCAGGACCCUGCGGUGGCACCGGGGCAGCUGCGGGCGCUGGAGGGGGCGGCCGAGGGGCUGCAGGUGCACGUGGCAGUGCUGGGCCCCCGCCGCGCCGGCACCUCCAGCCUGGUGCAGGCCCUAAUGGGCUCCCCGCCCCGGCUCCAUGACCCUCGUGCCUUCUUCCAGCCACCGCCACCCACUCCGGUGCCGCCCACACCCCACGUGCCACCUGCGCUGCCCAGCGCCGUGCUCUGGGACCUGCCUGGGCCGGGGCCCGAUGAGGUGCCUGAGGCCUACGUAACACAGCUGCUGGGCCUGGCACCCUUUGCCUGCCUGGUGCUGGUGCUGCCGGGGCCGCCGGGUGGCAAUGAUGUGGCGAUGGUGCGGGCAGUGCAGGCACGGGCACGGGCGCUGCCUUGCCUGGUGGUGCGGACGGGUGCUGACCUGGCGCUGCACACAGCCAAGCGGCGUGGCCACACCAUAGCCCGGCUGCUACCCCAGCUCCGGGCCCAGGUGUCAGAGCCAUUGGCCCGGGCUGGUCUCAAACCCCUUGGCGUUGCUGCCGUGUCCACACUGGAGCCUGACCGCUUCGACUUUGCCUGGCUCGAGGAUGUGCUGGUGCGUGAAGUGCUGCAGCUGCCCAUGUUUGACCCUGGGGACCUGCUGGAGGAGCUGCCAGCUGUGCGAGAGCGGACGCUGCGGGCACUGACUGAGGCCUGUGCUGGGGGCAGCCUGGCCGAGGCCCCUGGCCUGCUCCGCGCCGCACUGGCUGAUGCCUCCCAGCUGCCCGUGGAUGUGGCCGUGGUGGGCCAGCCCGGCUCAGGCCAUACCUCCCUCAUCGCUGCACUGUGCGGCGAUGCCCCUGGCACCCACACGCUGCCUGGUGCCCCCGGCCUCACCCUGUGGGACCUGUCGGAUGCAGGCACUGUGGACCCAAGCCGCUAUGACCUGCUGUUGCUCACAACCUCCAACGUGUACUGCGAGCCCUUCAUCCGCCUGGCCCGGGCAGCCGUUGCUGCUGGCCGGGCCCUCAUCAUGGCCCUGACACAGGUGGAUGUGGACCUACGUGACCCCCCUGGCUCUGUGGGCCUGAGGGAGCAGCUGGUGCAGGAAGGCCUAGCUGAGACCCGCGUAUUCCUGGUAUCCUCCCACGAGCCCCAGGCUUUUGAGCUGGGCCGGCUGCGGCAGGCACUGGCCGAGGAGGCUGCGGGGCUUCAGCGAGCAGCACUGCCAGUCAUUAUUGGGCGCCUGGUGCGCAGGGAGCGGCGCCAGGUGCUGGCUGAGGCCUGGCGCCAGGCACUACAUGUCUGCCUGCGCCCCAUGGAGGAUGCUGGGCAUGGCCUGGCUACAGCCCUCCAGGCCAGCGCAGCCACCUUCGGGCUGGAUGAGGCCUCCCUCACUCGUAUGGCUAUAGCUGCCAAGCUGGAGCUCCGGGAACUGCAGGCCCAGAUCAGGUGCCCCUGGGCGCAGAUGGUGCAGCCCAGCAUGGUGCUGGAGGCUAUGGCACCGUCACCGUCCCUGGCUGCCCGGCUCUGGAGCUACGUGCCCUUCUGGGGCAGCCCGUCCGUGCCCCAGCCCCAGGUGACACUGGAGACAGCCUACCGUCUGCUGAGCCAGGCGGCAGUCGAGAUGGCCCUUGAUGCUGAGCGUGUGCUGCUGCGGGCCUGCACCCUGGGGUAGGGGCAGGACCCAGGUCGGAUGCAGCUGGCUCUGGGGUGGAGAUCAGGGCUGGGUGUAACAGGGCCUAGGAUGCUGCUGGCUCUGGGGUGGUUCCCCUCGUCCAACAACAUGACAGCGUUCCUUUAUGUCUCAGGGGUCACGCCGAUCCCAUCCCAGGGUCUUGCACCCAUACGUGUCUGUGUCCUGCCUAUGGGCCGUGGGGGUCUGCUGCAUGUGCCCCCCUGUGGCCCCUGCCUGUGGCCUCUGCAGAGCCCCGGAGCUGCUUCUGUCUGUUGAAAUAAAUGUUUUGCUUCCACUUGUGGCUGCCACCUCAU